AUGCGUUUCUUCGCCUCUUUCGCCGUCGCCGCUUUGGCUGCCAUUGCCACUGCCAGCAGCACGGCCAACCCUUUCAAGAUCCCUACUGAUGGUUACACCUUUAAAGUCGGACAGGCUACCACUAUCACCUGGACGCCUACCACCAGCGGAACUGUCACCCUGCGUCUGCAGUGGGGUGCCGUGACCACUGCCACCUCCGGAACUGCCAUUGCCUCGAACAUCGACAACUCCGGCAGCUUCACCUGGGACGUACCCUCCAACCUGGCCGCCGAGCCCGACUACACCAUUGAGAUCAUCUCCGACGAAGACAGCAGCGACUACAACUUCAUCGGCCGCUUCACCGUCGAGGGCGCAACCGUCUCCGUGACCACCGCCACCGCCAGCUCAACCUCUUCGUCGUCCUCGACCUCCAAGUCCACCAGCUCCCCGACCCCCACCACCACCACCACCACCUCGGAGUCGACUUCUUCCUCCGCCGCCAGCACCAGCUCCCCCACCACCAUGAGCACUGCCUCCAGCACCUCGGCUACCACCGGAAGCACCUCCGCCAGCUCCUCCGCCACCCAGACUUCCUCCACUGAGUCCUCCAGCUCUGCUUCCUCCACCGCUAGCUCCUCUGCCUCUCAGAGCGCCGUGCCCACCACCAACGCUGGUGUCGUGAACCGCGUCUCCGGCGGUAUGCUGGCCCUCGUUGCCGGUGCCUUCAUGCUGUAA